AUCAAAAACCCUUCAUUCUCUACGGCUCGCUCUCGCUGCUGGAAUUGGAGGAACAAUAAUUCCGGAAUUUAUUUCGUUUUCUUGCAUCGGAAGUGAUCAAUCACGGUCGUAUGCGUACGUGUGUGCGUGUGUGUGCUGAGUCAGCAGCGUUUGUUUCGGACCAAACGGCACCAGCCCAGCUUUAAGCCCAGUCGUCCCUGGUUCGUUUCCGUCAGUUCUGGUCGGUGUGCUGCUGCAAACCUUCCCCGUUUCCCGUUUCUCAUCCGGCUGUUCGGGUCGCUCUCUCGCUGGUCUGCUGGUUUGCAGACGAAGCAAAGUGACCGCCGCACAAUCUCGCUUCCUCCUUCUCCUCCACCUCCGCGCUGCUUCAACGUCGUCGGGUGGGGAGCGAAAAUCGACCAGCCUUUGUGGGCUAGAGAGUUUUGCCUUCCCUGCUUUUUGGCUGCCCCGUAGGCUGUGCUGUGCCUCGGCUAACACAAUAGGAAAAGUCUACGCUUGGCACCGUCGUCGAAGCAGGAAGCAUCGCAAGAACACAGAGAGCCCGGCAGAGAGAGAGAGAGAGUGAAACGCAACAGUUAAUCCGUAUGGGAAACUAACAAGAUUUGGCUUUUAGUUGCCUUGACAGGCGCGCUGCAGUGCUGUGUGGUGUAUGAAAACGAAGCGGUGAAACAGUGGCGCUGCGAAGUGAAUAGAAGAAAAAAGGAUAAUAAUUGUGCGUGCGUGCGUGUGUGUGUGAGAGAGAGUGCGUGGAAAGCCCAAGCAGACGUACGGAGGUCGGUGGCACGGUGGCCUCUAAUUAGACACAACGGUUUCGAAAUGAAUACCCAUCUGCAAGGAUCAUCGCCCAGAUCGCCCGCACCGUCACCCGAUCCUGACGUUGACGAGGGUAGCUCGAAAAAGCAGGCAACAAGAGUAUUUAAGAAAAGUUCUUCGAAUGGCAAAAUCACCGUAUACUUGGGAAAACGUGACUUCGUCGACCACAUCACGCAUGUCGAUCCGAUAGAUGGUGUCGUGCUGAUAGAUCCCGACUAUGUGAAGGAGCGGAAAGUUUUCGGACACGUACUGGCAGCCUUCCGGUACGGGCGGGAGGAUCUGGACGUGCUGGGACUAACCUUCCGAAAGGACCUGUAUCUGGCAUCCGAACAGAUUUAUCCACCGCUGGAAACGGACCGGCCGCUCACCCGGCUCCAGGAGCGGCUGAUCCGGAAGCUGGGCGCGAACGCGUACCCGUUCUACUUCGAGGUGCCGCCCCACUGUCCGGCCUCGGUGUCGCUGCAGCCGGCCCCGGGCGAUACCGGGAAACCGUGCGGCGUGGACUACGAGCUCAAGGCCUUCGUCGGCGAGUCGCAGGAGGACAAACCGCACAAACGGAACUCGGUCCGGUUAGCGAUAAGGAAAAUCAUGUACGCACCCUCGAAGCUGGGCGAGCAGCCGUCGAUCGAGGUUAGCAAAGAGUACAUACUGAAACCAAAUAAAAUUCACCUCGAGGCGAGUCUGGACAAGGAGCUUUACCACCACGGCGAAAGCUUGUCGGUGAAUGUACAUAUAGCGAAUAAUUCAAGUAAAACGGUUAAGAAAAUCAAAGUGUCGGUCCGACAGUUUGCGGACAUCUGUCUCUUCUCGACGGCACAGUACAAGUGCACGGUAGCGGAGGUAGAAUCCGAAGACGGAUGCCAGGUUGCUCCCGGAUUCACGCUUUCGAAAGUGUUUACGCUGACGCCACUGCUGGCCAAUAAUAAAGACAAGUGGGGCCUGGCACUUGACGGGCAGCUGAAGCACGAGGACACCAAUCUGGCCUCGAGCACGCUGUCUCGCACACUGGUGGAUGGAAAAUAUAGAAUUGCUGACCCUUCACAACGAGAAAACCUGGGCAUUAUCGUGCAGUAUAAAGUAAAGGUUAAGCUGUGCAUCACUCCUCUCGGCGGAGAUUUGGUGGCAGAGCUACCGUUCAUACUCAUGCACCCGAAGCCGGACGAUGACGAACCCGUGAUAGGCGACCGGUCGCCCGGCCGAACAGUCAACAGUGCGGAUCGAAAACACUCCUACCAGGCCGGUCACGAGAUGGGCUCGCACAGCAACAACGGGGACGCACACGCCUCCAAAGAGGACGGUCCCAAUCUAAUUCAGCUGGACGGAGACGACAACGGUCCGGAUGAUGAUAUUAUAUUUGAGGAUUUCGCUCGAUUACGCUUGAAGGGCGCUGAAACAGAAGCUUAAGGAUUAACAGCGUUUGGACAGUUUCGUGCGAUGGGCGUCGGCUGCUAAUGUGUGUUGUAGUGUGCAUUUCCCGAGAAGUAACUUCUGCCGAGGGGAGGGGAUACACCGGUUCAAACCCACCACCGGUUGCCCUCAGUCAACAAAGGUGUGCGAGAGACAAACACACGCGCCACGCACUUACGCUACAAGCGCCAUUGGUCAAGGCAAAGGUCAAAGGUCGUUUGGUUAGCAGAACGUUAACAACAACAACAGCAAACAAACAAACAAACAAAAUUAUUAAGAACAAAAACGACCAACAGAGAUAAUUUAAGCUACGCCAAAGUAUCCAUAUUUGAUGUGUGUUUUUUCAAAAAACCGAUUGUCUAGCUCUUCCUCAACCAACUCCUAGACGCAACAUCGCCACCACCACACACACACAUACAGACACGAAGAUGCAUUUAACGCACACGAUUGGAGUGGCCGAGCAAAGCGGCAAAAAGAAAUUUGUCACUAAUAACGUUAAGGACCAAGAAUUCCGGCUUCAGCGCGCUAGAUAAAUUUCCAUUACAAUGUUCCGCUGCUGCAUCCAUUUGCGUCCAUUUUGGGGGGGGGCGUAAUAACUCAUUCUUUGCACUCUCCUUCCCUUUGGCGCAUCUUCCAGUCCUGCGACGGUGUGUUGCGUGCGUUCGGUACUGUGCCAGUACGGUCCACGUAUAAUAGAAACACGCAUUUACGUUCUCCCAGAGAACAAUUAUCUUCCGAGCGUGUUGUGUGUGUCUGUGUGUGUGUGUGAGUGUGAGUGUAAAUCAGUUAGCACCUAGCACGGCGUGUUAGCCAGAUCAGAUUCAGCAGAUGGUAGAGCAAUUAUAGAAUGCAUGUACUUCAACUGCCAUCACACUGCGGAGGGAGAGUAAGAGAGAGAGAGAGAGAGAACGAAAGGAGAGAUUUUUGCACCUUCGCUUCCAUCUCUAAAUCCGAAUACAUUCAAAGCAACUGUUAGGUGUCAAAGAUAACGAUCCAUGAAGUCGUUUUUGAAAGUUACGUUUGCUUUUUAAAUGAACGAUUCAUAUAUUUCUCUCUGUACACAUGGAGCCUAUUUUCAACGCUUUUUAGUUUUGUAUUUUUCCCUGACGAAGUUGUAUUAAAGCACAGAAAUGGUUUAUAUGUGGAAGAUUUAAUUAUAAUGUUUAUAUCACACCAGCAGAAGACGGCUCCAUAUUGCGCCGUCCCAGGGUGUGUAUAGAGCUGUUACAAAGAUAGGGCAAAAGCAAUGGUGUGUCACGCAAGGAGUGAGCUCUCCGCCCCGGUUUUGUGCAUUUAACCUGUGAACACUGUUCCAACUGUAGGCGUAUAAAAAAGUAACGACCACACGAUCGUUGCUGAACGUACAUUGCAUAUGGUGUGGCAAAAGUUGCGGUGCGCGCGCACAGUCAUUAACACAACCAUAUUUCGGACGCGGAGCUUUGUUUUUUUACUACGCCAGGCACAUUUAGUUAGAAUUGUAAGUAACGUUGCGUUUAAAGGCUUGUUCCAUUGACACGAUGAGAGGAAGAGCCCGUUCGCUUGAUAUUUUAAAAGGCGCGCACAAAAAACAAAAAAAAAAAGCCCACCAUUUGGGGCCCCAGGAAUGUAUCGCUCAAGCUGCUCUCCGUUCGUAGUUCGCUAUUUUUCAAAAUUCCAGCAAACGCAAUACCUUUUUUUUAAUUUCAUUAUAAACGCAACUAAUAUAACUAGUUUGUUGUAGGUGAGAAAACACGCACACACACACAUAACACAGAGGAUGAAAAAAGAAAGUAUUUAUUGGAAUAAACACAGUAAAAAAAACAACGUGUUAGGUAGAAAUGUUCGAUGUGUAAGAGAUACUAUACGAAAUAAACAACCGUCAACCAACGCUAACGCCAUUCCGCUCCUGACGUACAUACCUACCCUUACCGCGCGCCCUCAAUGAAAGCACCUCACUGCAGCAGUUACCGUUGUAUUACUGGGUGUAGAAUGAAAGGAAGCAGUAGCUUCAAUGUAAGGACAAAACAGACGCGCACAGACGCACACGCGCAGCACUUAACAAUUCGUUCUUUCUUGUGUGUCCUUCGAGGCUCGUGCGCAGGGCGUACGUUGAUGUUUUUUUGUGUCGUUCAACAGAGAAAUUGCUCCCCCCGAAAAACACACACGAAACGGGUUGUCGGGCGAAGAAUGUCUGAUUAAAUGCAGGGAUUGUUUAGAUUAAUUCCGUGAUUUCCGAUGGUUCGAAGAAUAGAGAAGCACAGAAGAUAGCCACAGUCCCCUUUCUCUCUCUCUCUGUUACAUGUAAAACGUGUGUUCGAUUUUAUGGGAAACUUUUCGCUUGCCUUUGACUGAUCGAAACGAUCGAGAAUUAAGUGUAAGCUGUGCACUACUGUCCGACAACCCGCGAGGACACGAGCGCACUAGACAGGGAGCUGUUUUUUUU